CGUGCUUUGCGGCAGGCAGCUACGUCGCCUAGCAAGUCCUCCAUUCACGUCCCCGAAGGAGACCAAGGGCACUGCGGCAGACGACAUGCCCUUAUUUGACCUGCAGAAAAAGCUGGGCAUUAGCGUAGAUCGUCAUUUGUCAAUCCAGAGUGCUGAGCAACCCUUCAAGAUUGCUUCUCGAUGCCAUGCUUUUGAAAAAGAAUGGAUAGAAUGUGCACAUGGAAUUGGCAGUACCCGGGCACAGAAAGAGUGCAAGAUAGAACUUGAUGAUUUACAAGAAUGUUUGCAACGAAUGAAAACGAUAAAGCGAGUGCACCGCAUCCAGAGGCAGCGGGCUAAGCUAAUUGAAGAAGGGAAAUACACUCCUCCACCUCACCACCAGGGCCAGGGGGAGGUCAGGCCCUGAGCAGGUUCUCUGUAUUCCUCUGGGAAGAUUGCUUGCUGGAAAUCUCUUCCUCAUAGUAUAUAAAAUAAAUGAUUGCUUCACUU